AGGAAUACUCUUGGAUUGACGCUUGAAUAUUAAAAAAAAAAAUGCUUUCGGGAUCAACUAGCAGACCUCCAGAAACUCGUCGAGCUUUCCCCAGCACCGAUUCAAAGACUAGUCAGCCCAUCAUGAAAACCCACCGUCCAUUAAGAGUCUGCAACAACAGAGCCGCUGUCGCUGUCAAAAAGCCGCCGUUUCGCCGCCACGGCGCCCCAGUGACGUCGCCCCGUUGUGACCGAAUCCAGUCCUUCGCCACUCGUCAGCACAAUGACGACCACGACGACGACGACUCGAACCCAUUAUCCCCGUCUUCGUCAUCAUCGUUGUCAGAGGACAGUGCUUUCAGUAGUGAAGCGGAGAACAGCACUCCGAUGACGACCACUGGUUCCGGGAAGCGACACGAGAUGACGCUCGCAGCCGAGGAGAGAAUGACGACGACGACGACGACGACCAGCAAUAACAAGCCGAUUUUGAACAAGAAGCAGCGAUUGCUGGCGAGUCUGUGUGGUCCACUGCCUGGUGGUGGUGGUGACAAAAUGGAGAAUGUGAUGGUGCCAAAUAAUAAUAGCAAUAAUAGUCAUCCCUUCCGACCCUGGGAACACGGGGAUGAGGAGAAUCAUAAGAUGUCUGCUGUGUCUUAUUCUUGGCAUCAGCCUCAGCAGCAGCAGACACAACAUCAUCAUCAGGUGAUUCUGGUUCACCCUGGAAAGUGCUCGUCUCUCGUGAUUUGUCCUGCUGAAGGACGUGAUGGCUUGUCAGAUAGGCUUCAGGAAGAGCCCUUGGACCUGGGAGUGAAACACGUUGCUUCCCCGUCAUCCACUUCGUCCUACGAGUCUGCCAACAGCGGGUAUUUUAGCAGUGACUGGGACGUGCAACGAGUGGAUGAAACCCCGCAGCUGUGCUGGAGCAGUACUGGUCAACCGGGAAUUGCAGGGACCAAGUUCCGCCGGACGUCAACCAGAGCAAAGCAGCGCAAUUACAAAAGCAUGACUCGGGAGCGAAGAAUCGAAGCCAACGCCCGGGAACGGACCCGAGUUCACACCAUUUCAGCUGCCUUUGAAAACUUGCGAGCUGUCGUGCCCGUCUCACAAUCAUCUCCUUCUUCAUCAUCAACCUCAUCAUCAUCAUCAUCGUCAUCACCAAUAGCAUCAUCAUCAUCAUCAGCCGCAAAUCAAUCGUCUCAAAAACUGUCGAAAUUGGCCAUCCUCAAAAUCGCGUCGGCACAGGAAUUACUGAGGCGAAAUGUUUGA